UGCACCAGAAGAGACGUGGCACAAUUUCCCAUCCAUGCCCUCUCUCUCUCUCGUCCCGUCGUGAACACCGCCGUUCCAAUCUCUCUUCCUCUCUUCUUCACCUCCAUCACUGCCUAACCGUUGAAUCUGAAUUACUUGCUGCUUAUCCCCUAUGCAGUACUUUCACCUUGUGUUUUGAAUCAGUGGUGUGAAUUUGUAAUAUUAUUCUUUUUCGAGGUAUAUGAGUUAUCAUGGGGUCAGCUUGUUGUGUAGCUGCAAGAGAAAGAACUCUUCCAAAGAGAACUGGAGGUGAGACUUUGCAUGGAAAUCUCACAUGUUCGCCAUCAUGGAGUUUCCGCUGGGAUAAUCGAAGAUGUGUGGCUGAUGAAUUUGAGGAGCCUUCUUAUCAGAUGUCUAGUAGAGUUAGCAGAAGUGUUAGCAUGGAGAGGAGAGAGAAAUUAGGUUCUGGUAGGCGUAAAGUUUCCAAUCAAAGAAGUGCACUUGAGAUUGAGAACUAUGAAACUCCCACUUCUCAAAAAUUGUCAAUCCGUGAAGAUACAGGAGGGAAUAUGAUGAUCCCCUCUUCAGACAUAACAAGGGAAAGCAAUUAUUCCACUGAGGCCAAGAAUUUGGCAGAAUCACCAGAUAUUGUGGAUUCAUCUGCUCCAAAGCUAUCAUUUUGUACGUCUCCACCAUUCUCACCACCAAUUACAAAAACUUUAUCUGGCCGUGGUCAUUUACUUCCUCCCAAUUCCACCCCAUCUAGACAGGCUCACCAUUCACCUGUGCACCGGCUAUUGAGGCAGGUCUCUGAUAGUCGAAUCCUUGAACUGAUAUCACCGAAUACUUAUUCAAUGUCCGAAGGAAGGUCAUCAUUUGUGCUCCCCACAUGUAGCAAUGACUUGACAGCUGGAUCUUAUGGUGGCUCUUCUGAUGGAUGGUCCAUGCGCACGUUUUCUGAGCUUGUGGCCUCUUCUCAAAGAGAAAGAUGGUCUCUUGAUAGUGAACACUUUGAUUCUGGUGAUGGCAAGAUGAGUCGAUGUAGCAGCAGGUUCUCAUAUUCUCCAUUCAUAGAUACUCGUUCUUGUGGGGCUUGCUCGAAGCUUUUGUCUGAGAGAUCGUUGUGCGGCAAUGAUAUUUCAGUGGUAGCCGUACUUGUCUGUGGACAUGUUUACCAUGCUGAAUGUUUGGAGACGAUGACACCAGAGAGUGACAGAUAUGACCCAGCCUGCCUGAUUUGUAUGGUUGGAGAAAAGCAGGUCUCAAAGAUGUCCAGAAAAGCUUUGAAAGCUGAAGCCGGGUUGAUGACAAAACAUCUCAAGUUAUUCAAGAAUAGAGUUAAAGAUAGCUUUGUUGAAGGUGGUUGUAAUGAUUUUAACCAUCAACAAAGUGCCAAGCGAGAAGGAAAAGCUCCAAAGUUAGAACCCAGUUCAAGCCAGAGAAGCUCCUUGGCAAAACCUUUCUUGAAAGGCCACUUCUCAAUUGGAUCUAAGUGGGGAAGAUCACUAUCAGGAAAUGAUUCUGCCAGGAAGAAGGGGUUUUGGGUAAGAUAUAGAAAAGACUGAGUUCCCUCCUGUACUGCCAUGACAUUAGGAGCCUGUCUGUAUUAUCGUAAGAGUUUUAUCACUUUCAGAAAUAUUGCUCUUCUUCCCUUAUUCCUAAGGCUGUAAGAGGGAAGGUCGGAGUCUUCACACGAGUCAGGUUUCCAAGCCCCCAGUGCAAUCAAAUAUCAGCUUCUUGAGUCCAUCCUUUUUCUAAGUUAAUACUAUGUUCAUGGAAAAUUUCCGACACUGACCUAUCUUAUAACUUGUGCUACAUCGUGUUUUUGGUUGCGGAUAACCUGGUGCUGGGUAGGGCAUGAGUUAUGUGGAUGUUCAAAGUAUAAGGUAAUAUGGGUAUCUAAUGGUGGGGAGUUCAAAGUAAUAGGUAAUGUAGUUAUUUUCAUGAAUUUUAGGUAUGAAGUUUUCUGCUUUGGUAGAUAUUCUGGGUGACUGAUCUGAAAGGGAACCUACAGUUUAAGCCAUCGACGGAAGUACUGAAUUGAUUGGGAAAAUGACUAGCAAGUAUUAUGUUGUCUUUUGCCUCUCAUUUCU